UCCAUUGUUCGCAGUGGUAAUAUUAUACUUAUAUAUGUUAUAGAAAUAGAAGACCCUAAAAAAAAAGGUGUUUAUAUGUUAUGAUUUAAUGUUGAUUAGCAAUUAGAUUCUUUAGCAGUAAGCAUUUAUAGGAGUAUGCAAAACUAUUUUGAGAGGGUUAGAACAAAUUAAAGAAACACAAAAAUUUCACUCUAAGAUGAUUCAGAAUUUAUUGCAACGGUUUAACAUAGAAAGAGACAUAGCAUCAGUGGAGCUACCAGAAGGUUUAACAUUUCCUGUAACAACAAUGGAAGAACUGGAUAAGGCUCUUGAAAUAUUAGCUAAUGUUACUACUCAAAGGAUUUUGGUUCAUAUUCUUUUUGAAAAUGGUGGGCAAGAUAUUUCAGAAUUUGUUAAUCGAAAUAUGACUUAUCUUAUUGGAAAUGUAUUGGCCAGACAGCUAAAUUUGACCGGCCAAAAAAAUAAGCGUGGAUUUAUUAAAACCAUUUUGUACAACAUUCUUUAUACUUCCAUAAAAAUGAAUACAUCUACAAAAGAGUGUACAAAAAAACAGCUUGAGGAGGCUCUUUCAAAAUGGUUUGGUAAUGCUCGUGACAGAGAAUGACUUCUGAAAGAUCUAAACGUAGAAAAAUAGCUGAAGUGGUAUCAAAACUUUUUCAAGAAUCUUCAACUUUAAAUAUACAGAAUCAGGAUGUUUAUCUAUAUAGUAGCAAUAUGUUUUUUGAUUCUUCAUAUUUACAUGGAAUAAGAGAACAAGUUGACAGUAAUUUGGAACCUAACGAAUUUUUAACUAAUUCUAAUUAUUCUGAUAAUAGUUUAGCUGUUAUGGAGACUGAAAUUAGCGAAAUAGAAAAUAACAAAAACACUAUUGAAUUACUUACAGAUGAUAGUAAUGAAUGGUCUCCUGAGUCAUUUAUUUCUGAUGAUUAUAAGAGUGAUGAAAGUAAUGACAGCGAAAAAUUGCCUCAUAAACUUGCUAAUUGGGCAUUAAGCUUCAAUAUAACACAUGCUGCUUUGAACAGUUUGUUACCUUUAUUAAGAGAAUAUGGGUUAAGUUUGCCUAAAGAUUCAAGAACACUUCUUCACACCCCCCAAAAUAUAGAUACAAAAAUUGUCGCGGGCGGAGAGUAUUACUAUUUCAGCAUGCAGUAUUGGCUUUUAAUAAUGUUUAAAAACAAUUCAAUAGAAUCAAACAACAACCAACUUACCAUUCACAUUAACAUUGAUGGUAUACCUAUAUUCACCAGUUCCAGUACUUCUCUUUGGCCAAUUUUAGGUACUCUUAUUGAAGCUGGAGCAAUAGUAUUUCCAAUAGCAAUUUAUUGUGGUGACAAAAAACCAAAUUCUAUUCAUGAAUAUCUAGAAGAUUUUUUGGUUGAGAUUAAAGCUCUUACUGAAAAUGGUUUUACCCAUGAAAAUGUAAAGUAUGAUGUAAAGCUUGCUGCAAUUAUAUGUGAUGCACCAGCAAGAGCAUUUGUGAAAUGUAUAAAGGGUCACAAUGGUUAUAAUUGUUGUGAGCGUUGUGUUCAAAAAAGGGAGUGGUGUGGCAAAAUAAUCCUUCCGCAUACAUCAGCAACUUUAAGGACUGAUUCAGAUUUUCGUUAUCAAAAUAGUUUGGAACAUCAUAUUGGUGUGUCUCCUUUAAUUGAGUUGGGUUUUGACAUGGUAUCAAAAUUUCCUUUAGAUUACAUGCACCUAGUAUGUCUAGGGGUUGUGCGAAGAAUCAUCAACUUAUGGUUAAAUGGUCCCAGAUCAUGUAAGUUGUCGCAAAAUACUGUAAAUAUUUUAUCUGAUAGAUUUUUCCAGAUACGUUGUUAUAUUCCAAAGGAAUUUUCUAGGAAACCAAGGUCUUUAUCAGAUUUUCGGCAUUGGAAAGCCACUGAACUUAGACUUUUUCUAAUAUAUACUGGACCAGUUGUUUUAAAGGGAUUACUUGAGCCAAAAUUUUAUUCAAACUUUUUAGAUCUUUCAGUUGCAAUUCGUAUUUUAUUAUGUCCUAUUUUGUUGAAAAACUAUAUUGGUUUAGCUCGUCAGUUACUUACUUAUUUUGUGCAGUCGUUUGGUAAACUUUAUGGUAAAGAUCAGUUAGUUUAUAAUGUCCAUUCUUUGAUACAUCUAGCAGAUGAUGCAGUUAACUUUGGAGUUUUGGAUAAGUGCUCCUCAUUCAAAUAUGAAAAUUAUCUGGAUCAAUUAAAAAAGCUUGUUCAUAAGCCACAACAACCAUGUUCACAAAUUGUUAGGAGAAUUUUCGAGGGCUGUUUGAAGGAAGAUAGACAUCAUAUUCAUCAGCUGAAAUUUAGCAUCCAGCAUGUUGAUGGACCAAUAACCAUUGCAUUGAGACAUUGUUUGCAGUUUAAAAAUUACCAAGGUUUUAAGUGUUUUGUUUCUGCUACUGAUGGAAAUAACUGCUUUGAAGUUGCAAAAAAAAUUGGUUUAGUUAGAAAUAUUAUACAAAUAAAAACAGGCGAAUCUUGUGAUGGAUUGGUUAUGUUUGAAGAAUUUGCAGCUCUUGAAUCAUUUUUCACAGAUCCACUUUCUUCCAAUAAUUUGUCGAUAUUUUAUGCAAGCAAAAUGACUGGUAUUAAUAAAAUUUACCCACUAUCAGACAUCAAUAUUAAGUAUUUACAAAUACCAUACAAAAGUGGCUUUAUUGUUAUGCGUCAACUACAUUUGUGAAUUAUAAAUACUUUUUAUUUUCUAAAACUUAUAACCUCUUUAUAUUAUAUUAUGCAUUUAUAUUAUAAUAAAAUUUUCUAGAAAGUCAAGUGAUUAUUUU